UACCUUUCCCUCCCUAUAUCUGGUUCUCUCUCUCUCUAUUUAUUCACCUUUCACUCCCUCUAUCUGGUUGUCUCUCUCUCUAUUUAUUUCUCCUCUUUCUUUCCAAACCAAUUCGCCACUUCUUUCAGUCGGUUCUUGCUAACGCACCAUGGCCAAGGUUGUCGCAUCGGUAGCUUCGAAAUUACUUGUUCGCAACACAUCAUCUUCUCUACACAAUCUAGUUGCACCGGCAACAUUAAAUGUGCAGCAAAAGCGCAACUAUGCAAAGAAAAGAAUUGAAGUGGCUAACCCCGUGGUGGAGUUGGACGGUGAUGAAAUGACCAGAAUCAUUUGGGACAAGAUAAAGGAGAGACUAAUCUUCCCAUAUGUGAAGGUGGAUUGCAAAUACUUCGAUUUGGGUCUUCCACACCGAGAUGCCACCGAUGACCAGGUCACUAUUGAUUCUGCCCAUGCCAUCUUGAAGUACAAUGUCGGGAUUAAAUGUGCUACUAUCACUCCGGACGAGGCUCGAGUGGAAGAAUUCAGCCUCAAGAAAAUGUGGCUGAGUCCCAAUGGUACCAUAAGAAAUAUCUUAGGUGGCACCGUUUUCCGUGAGCCAAUUCUUUGCAAGACUAUCCCUCGUCUUGUACCUGGAUGGACCCAAGCUAUUACAAUUGGCAGACACGCCCAUGGUGAUCAGUAUAAAGCAACCGAUUUGGUGGUUCCUGGCCCUGGUAAAUUGGAAAUGGUUUUCACCCCAGAGAAUGGUCAAGAGCAAAGAAUGACAAUCUUCAACUUCAAAGCUGGUGGAGUUGGUAUGGGAAUGUACAACACAGAUCAGUCGAUCCGUGACUUUGCCCACGCUUCCUUCCAAUAUGCCCUGAUGAAGAAAUGGCCACUUUACAUGAGUACCAAAAACACAAUCCUCAAGCGCUAUGAUGGUCGUUUCAAGGAUAUCUUUGAAGAAAUCUACCAAGCUGAAUAUGCCAAGAAAUUUGAUGACCUUGGAAUUUGGUACGAGCACCGUCUCAUUGAUGACAUGGUUGCCCAAGCUCUUAAAUCAAGUGGUGGUUUUGUAUGGAGUUGCAAGAACUAUGAUGGAGAUGUACAAUCUGAUAUUGUUGCCCAAGGUUAUGGUUCCCUCGGUCUAAUGACAAGUGUAUUGGUAUGCCCUGAUGGUAAGACAAUUGAGGCAGAGGCUGCCCAUGGUACAGUAACCAGGCAUUACCGAGAACAUCAAAAGGGUAACCCAACAAGUACCAACCCUAUUGCUAGCAUUUUUGCUUGGACCCGUGGAUUGGAGCACCGAGGCAAGUUAGAUGAUAAUCAAGAUCUGAUCAGGUUUGCUAAUGUCUUAGAAGCUGCCUGUGUUGAGACUGUUGAUGGCGGAAAAAUGACCAAAGAUUUGGCUGGCUGUAUUCAUGGCCUUAAGAAUGUCAAACCUGAACAUUAUCUAAUCACAAUGGACUUCCUGGAAGCCAUCGCAGAGACAGUCGACAAGCAUUUGUAAUGGAUGCCGAUGUUUAGACAUGUUCAUCCGACCUGUUAGGCCAAACCCUUCCUUUUAGUACUACAAGGAGGAUAAGUAUUUAGCGGUUAAGGAGUCGGAGGGUAGAUGGAAGCUAGUUGUGAUCAUACUUUCUCUUUCUUUAUCCUUUCUUCACUUAUUGUUAUCAGCAGGGGUCAGGAAUAGGGGUGAGCUGGCAGGAUCAGAACAUCUGAUAAAAUUCCUUGCAGUAAUUGUUCUGGCUUGUUACUGUUUGUGAGUUGAAAUACACCCACCUAUGCCUUCAGUCUCACCUGGUUUGUUUGAUAAAGUACCUGUCAUGAACUGAGGUUGAUGGAAUUGACUAUUUCUUUUCCCUCUUAACAUAUCAAUCCUUGUGCCUGUGUAAGAAAUUUAUUAAGGGCAUUGCCCUUCAUCUCUCUCUCUCUUUCACCAUUCCAUUCUUGCUCCUCUUUCUAUUUUCCUUUAUCCAUCUUUAAGGGUUUAUGAAAUGCUUUUGGAUCUUACGGCAAACUUUCAGCAAGAUGUUGAAAUGUUGCUGUAGGAAUUUUGAGAUAGGGGUUAGUUUAUUGUAAUAAAAAUGUAGAACAAAAAAAAAAAAACAAAGAAUUUCCAAGCCAUAUAUCGCUUAUGUUUCCUCCUCACCUUUCUCAUUUUCUCCCUCUUUCAAUUUUCUUGUUAAAACAUCAAAAAUUUCCUUGUAAAAAAACUUGAAACUAAAAUCCAUUGUCAGUGAAACUAUUUACUACUAAAUGGAUACUAAAUUAUUAAAUUGUGAAUGUAACCCUCUCAGACCUGGGCCCUUGUGGCUAACUUUGCCCUCCAUCUGGGCUCCGGAGCAAAA